AUGAAAACGUACUUUCUAAUUCCUAUCUUAUUAUUCUCAUAUAUAAAUUAUUCUUCAACUACACUCGUUGAUGGAAUAGUAACAUUAUCAUGGUCAUUAUCUGGUUCAUCUCCAGUUAUAGAUCGUUUUCUGACUAGUAAUACACAAAUUCAAUUAAAACUUUUAUGUCGAGAACCAACCACAAAUACAAAUCAAACAGAAGCAGAAAUACGAAAAAGUUUAAGUUCAAUUUAUGAUAAAAUAAAAAUAAAAAUAAGUGGCCGAAUUGGCCGAAUUGUUGGUUGUUUACCAUUACAAUCUGAUGCAUUCAUGACAUCAAAUAAAAUGCCAUCAAAAGAUGCUAAAGAAACACGAAAUAUGUUACAAACAUUUUAUGAAGAAUUAUGGAAAGAAAUGGAAAUAAGAACAUUCGUUAUGGAAGCAGCUGACUGUGAUUUUGCUGGACAAUUAGAUGUUAAUCAAUAUACCAAUAUGACUGGACCAGAAAUUUCACCAGAAAAAGCUCAAGAAUUACGAAAAAAAAUGUUUGAACCAGCUGAUGAUGAUAUACAACAAAAAAAAAAUAACAUAGUUCGUCGCCGUCGUGCUGAUGAUACUAAAACUGAAAAGAAACAAUCUAUAUUAGCAGCUGCUCUAAGUAAAAAAACCGAUAAAAAGUUACGUACAUGGACCGAUGGAUAUUAUUUUAUUGAAAUUAAUGAACCUGAAUUUGUUGAUGGAAAAACAGUUGACCUUGAUGUUGAUGUUAUUGUAGCUAUGAAAAAUCGUCAUGGUGGAUAUAUAACAGCUGAUGAAUAUCCAGCAUUAGUUUUUUAUGGUGUUAUGUGUGGUAUCUAUGGUUUAUUUGCUAUAUUAUGGUGUAUUUGGUGUGCAUUCUAUUGGAGAGAAUUACUUAAAAUACAAUUCUGGAUUGCUGGUGUUAUUGUUCUUGGUAUUAUUGAGAAAUCAGCAUUCAUAGCUGAAUAUGAUAUGGUUAAUCGUACUGGAUAUAAAGUACAUUUUGCAAUUGUUACAGCUGAAGUUCUUUCAUGUUUAAAACGUAGUGUAUCACGUAUGCUUGUUAUUGUUGUUGCACUUGGUUAUGGAAUCGUUAAGCCACGUUUAGGAGCAUUAAAACAAAAAGUUUUCGGUAUGGGUUUACUUUAUUUUGGUAUUGCUACAACAGAAGCAAUAUUACGUUUAAAUACAAAAAAUGAUGAAGCGAAUAAUAAAGUUGUUAUAUCACGUAUACCAUUAGCUGUUAUUGAUGCAACAAUUUAUUAUUGGAUAUUUACUGGUUUAGUUACAACAACACGAACAUUACGUUUAAGAAAAAAUAUUGUUAAAUUAAAUGUUUAUCGACAUUUUACAAAUACAUUAAUAUUUGCUAUUGUUGCAAGUUUAUUAUUUAUGAUUUGGUCAUUAAAAUCACAUUUUUUUACGCAAUGUGUUAAGAAUUGGAGAGAAUUUUGGGUUGAUGAUGCAUUUUGGCAUAUAUUAUUUUCUUUAAUUCUUCUUGUUAUUAUGUUCUUAUUUCGACCAUCAAAUAAUAAUCAACGUUAUGCUUUCGUUCCAUUACUUGAUCAAUCAGAUAAUGAUGAUAAUGAAUUCGAUGAUGAUGAUGAGGAAAAAGAAUCAGCUAUUUUUGAUUCGGUAACUAUGCGUAAAGCAACAAAUGUUGAAAGUGGUACUACACCAAAAAAUAAAAAACAACAACAAGCAUUUUUGAAUCGCGAAGCUAAUGUAUCAGGAGGUGCAACUGGUCAAGGUGCUGUCGAAGAUGCUUUAACAUGGGUAGAAGAUAAUAUUCCAACAUCAAUUGCUGAUCAAGCAUUACAAGCAUUAGAUAGUGAAGAUGAAAUUGUUAAUACUAAAUUAGAACGAUCAAAAAUGCAGUAA